UGGCGAAAGAGGCUGCAUCCGUGAAAUUACAUUUUUCGAUAGUUUAUUGAGCUUCGUUUCAUAUAGGGAUCGUUAGUCCAUCGACCAAAGACAUCGUAACACACCGUUGCGUUUGAACACUGCACACGAACACGUAGUAACACAGCUAGAGAAGGUAAUACUUGGUUUGUUCCAGGAGAGGAUGGCACGCAAAAAAACGAAUAAACUCCUGAAAAGGACUAGCAUUGCUACAAGGAAUAAAGCUGCCAAGCGUCAGCCUUGUCCUUUCAAGGCAAACAUCCCGCAUAAAAACACACAGCCACAUCGUGCAAAACAUAAAACCUUAAACAAUAACUCAAAGGUCAUGAAUCCAGCCAGCAUUGAAAAGCAGUAUGAGUCGCCACGGGGAUCAGCAACCAGUAGCAACACAGGGCAGGCAAUUGUUGAUCCUAUUGUAAUAGAGGAUUCCGAUGAAGAGAACAUGCCACACAGCUGUGAUCAGCAGCCACUCUUUUUCGAGGAUAGGUGUGCUGGAGUAGGAGAUAAAAUCGAAAAUCGUAUACCGUUGUAUGCGAUUAGUUCCCCGAUGUCUAGGGAAGAUGAAGUAAUUGUGCUUGAUAGUACGUUAGAGAGCACGCACAUAGCCGAUGCAGACGUGCCGAAGAGUAGUGAACACGAUAUGAUAGUGUCAACCAGCAAGCAGACGGAUGUGCUACCUCAAGAAACAGUUAAUACUAGCGUGAUUGACCUAGACAGCACACAAAUAGACUAUUCGCAUAAGCCGAAUGGUAAAGACCACGGUAUGAGUGCGUCAACCACCGAGAAGAAAAUCGUAUUACCUCAAGAUACAGUGAAUACUACCGUGAUCGAUCUGAGUGACGAUUCUGAAGAGGAAUCAGUUGUGCCACAGCCAGCCUUAAAUAAAAUACCUCUGGGGUAUGAUAUCCGGCAAAGAACUGUUACAGGCAAAAACAACUCUAAACCGAAGCCAGGCCCUGUUGUAACCAGGGCAUCCGAAGCUAUUAAAACUAGUCCACCGACACCAGUUCCGGUAAUUAUAGAAAAAAAUCCGGUUACCCCUGGCAAACGGAUGAUUAUCAUCGAUGGAUGUAAUGUUGCCUAUAGCCAUUUGAAUGGGAAAGCAUUUUCGGUAAAAGGAUUGCAGUUAUGUAUAGACUAUUUCAAAAAGUUGGGCCACGAAGUAUCAGCAGUCGUACCACAGUACAAAAUGAAAAGAUUUCAAAGCACCGACCAAGACUUACUGAAUAAACUUCACGACCAAGGGUCCAUUGUACUGGCACCGAGUAAAACCCUUCCAGGACAAUGUUCAUCGUCCUACGACGAUCGAUUGAUCCUUCGGGUAGCUGAGCGGUUCGAUGCCGCUAUAAUCUCAAAUGACAACUUUCGCGAUUUACUACACCAUAGUCCAGCAUGGCGCGAAAUUAUCAAAACACGCGUUAUCGGAUACACAUGGGUGAAAGACUGCUUUUUUCUACCGGAUGACCCUUAUGGACGCCAGGGUCCCUCACUGCAAGAGAUCCUUAACCGAUAGAACGGUUAGGAGUUGUUAAUAACAAAUAAGGCCGAUAAAUAUUAACAAGUGUUAGGAAAAGUGAAGAAACCUUUAUUGAAUUAAAAAGUUUAUGCAGAAAAAGAACUGGGAAGUCUGCAAUAGACCGA